GUUCAGUGACGUAGGCAGAUGUGGUACUUGCUACUUCCGCGUUUGUUUUCUGAGCUGAACCGAAACUGGACGCCAAAGAUUCAGAAUGCAUCAAUCCAGGGUUGGACUUUACAUGAAGAGGAGAAAGCGGGGCUGCUCUAAAGUCUGAACAUUUUGUUGACUUCCUCCAUCUGGCCAUCACUCUCUCCGCCUCUUCAGAUUGGUCCUCAUCCUCUCUUCCCUCGCCGACAUGCUUUGUUGGGGGAAUUCAAAAGACGGACAGCUGGGUAUUGGUAUUGAGAGAAACCCCAUGUUUGAGCCCAGGAACUGUCAUGUGUUCAGUGGCAGGGGACUGAAAGAAGUAGCUUGUGGAGGGCAACACUCAAUGUUCCUGCUGCAUGAUGGCAGCGUGUAUACAUGUGGUUCUAACAGCUGUGGACAGCUGGGCCACAGCAAACCAGGGACUUCCCCAGAGCUUGUAGGAGCUCUGGACACUCAGACGAUAACAAUGGUGUCGAGUGGUCGGUCCCAUUCAAUGGCGGUGAAUGAGCAGGGUCAAGUGUUUGCGUGGGGAGCUGGUGAAGGGGGCCAGCUCGGUCUGGGGACUGCAGAGGCGGCCGUUCGAAUCCCAAGGUUGGUCAAAAGACUGUGUGAACAGCGGAUCUCUCAAGUAAUGUGUGGGAAUCAGCACUGCAUUGCACUUUCUAGAGAUGGCCAGCUGUUCACGUGGGGCCAGAACACCAGCGGACAGCUCGGUCUCGGUAAAGGGGAGCCCAGCAAGCUGUUCCCUCAACCCCUGAAGUCUCUGUCCGGUAUUCCUUUGGCACAGAUAACCGCCGGGGGAGACCACAGCUUUGCUCUCUCUUUGUCCGGAGCUGUAUUUGGUUGGGGCAAGAACCGAGCUGGACAACUUGGUCUCAAUGAUAAACAAGAUCGAGCUGUCCCGUGCCACAUCAAAUUCCUGAGAUCUCAAAAAGUUUGUUAUAUCAGCUGUGGAAAUGAACAUACAGCAGCCCUCACAAAGGACGGCGGCUUGUUUACGUUUGGUGAAGGCUCGUGGGGUCAGCUGGGUCAUGGCUCCACCAAUAAUGAACUUUUACCCAGACGAGUGCUGGAGCUCAUGGGCACUGAGGUGUCCCAGAUCACCUGUGGCAGGCACCACACGUUGGCAUUCGUGCCUUCCUCUGAUGUGGUGUACACGUUCGGUUGUAACAGCCAUGGCCAGCUGGGCACCGGAGUACUGGGGGACGCCAGGAGCCCGUUUCCUGUGAAGGCCAGUUUCCUGACUGGAGGUUCACACAGAACAGAAUCAAAAUAUACAGUGACAAAAAUCAUCUGUGGAGGAGACCAUAGCUUCUUAUUGUACUCUGAUGACCAGAGUUCUGUCCCCUCAGAAGACUUCAGAGUGAUCAAUGUCAGCAAAUCAAUCUCCCCAUUCAAUUAUGAAAGGUUAAAUUCAUGGAGGUUAAAGCUGAUGUACAGCACAGAUUCCAGUGUCACAAACGACAUUAUAAUUCAGCUCUCUUCUACGGCUUGUUGGAACGCCAGCUUUUUGGACCAAAGUGAUGAUACCCACUUCAAAACCAACCCAAAGAUCCCCGGCAUCGAUCUCAACUCUGUCAGAAAGCUCUUUGAGACGCUCAGCAAACCUGCUUUCUCUGGACUUCUGGAACAGGCCACCAAGAGUUUUGAGAGUCUGUUGAUCCCUCAGCUGCCGCGCUCCCCUCCUGACGUCGAGGCCAUGAGGAUCUACCUCAUCUUGUCUGAGUACCCGGCCCUGUUUGACUCCAAGAACUACAUCCGCCUCACUAUUCCCCUGGCAAUGGCCAUCCUCCGGCUUGACGCCAACCCCAGCAAAGUAUUGGAUAACUGGUGGUGUCUUGUGGACGGCAGCGUGUUCACCAGAAUGGUCGACAUGUACAAGAGCAUCGUUGUGUUCAUGCUAACGGGAGGCAAGACGCUGCUCGUACCGGUUUUCUACGAGAACUAUUUUGUGGCCACUCUGAGGCUUCUUGAGAAGCUCCACAAGGUAAACUUAAAAGCCCACCAUGUGGAGUACAGCCGCUUCUACAUCCCUGACAUCACCAGCCUGGUGGACAUCCAGGAAGACUACCUCAAAUGGUUUCUGAGUAAAGCUGACAUUAAACAAUCAUCCUCCCCUUCACAGAGUGACUUUCCCUCAGUUAACCUAUGUGCCUACCCGUUCAUACUGAACGCUCAAGCCAAGACAACCAUGCUGCAAACAGACGCUGAACUGCAAAUGCAGAUGGCAGUAAGCGGUGCAAACCUACACAACGUCUUUAUGCUGCUCACGCUGGAACCCCAUCUUGCCAGGAACCCUUACUUGGUGCUUCAUGUGCGCAGGAACCAUUUAGUAAGCGACACACUACGAGAGCUCACCAUGUACUCUGAUGUGGACCUCAAGAAACCACUCAAGGUGAUCUUUGACGGAGAGGAGGCCGUGGAUGCAGGAGGAGUGACUAAAGAGUUUUUCUUGCUGCUGUUAAAGGAGCUGAUGGAUCCAGUGUACGGGAUGUUUACUCACUACAAAGAGUCCAACCUGCUGUGGUUCUCAGACAAAUGUUUUGUUGAGCAGAACUGGUUUCACCUGAUCGGGAUCAUCUGCGGUCUGGCCAUCUACAACUCCACGGUGGUGGACCUCCACUUCCCGCUGGUUCUCUACAAGAAGCUGCUCAACGUGUCGCCAACGCUGGAGGACUUCAAGGAGCUGUCACCCACCGAGGCCAGGAGUCUACAACAACUUCUGGACUACGACGGAGGUGAUGUAGAGGAAACGUUUCUUCUCAACUUUGCUAUCACCAGGGAGAACUAUGGGAUGACAGAAGUCAAGGAGCUCGUUCCCGGAGGAGAGAGCAUCAGUGUGGACAAAAACAACAGGAAGGAGUUUGUGGAGGCCUACCUGCGCUACGUGUUCUCAGACUCUGUGAGUGAGCAGUACUCGGCCUUCUCCUCCGGCUUCCUGAAGGUUUGCGGUGGGGAGAUCCUGCCGCUGUUCCAGCCGUCUGAGCUAAUGGCCAUGGUGGUCGGCAACAACAACUACAACUGGGAGGAGAUGGAGAAGAAUGCUGUUUACAAAGGGGAAUAUACAGCCACUCAUCCAACAGUCAGACUGUUCUGGGAGGUUUUCCAUGAGUUUCCUCUGGAGAAGAAGAAGCAGUUCUUAUUGUUCCUGACCGGCAGUGACCGUAUCCCCAUCCACGGCAUGGAGAGCCUGCGCAUCGUCAUCCAGUCCACCACAGCGGAGGAGCACUACCUACCGGUGGCCCACACCUGCUACAACCUGCUGGACAUGCCCCGCUACCAGACCAAAGAGAUCCUGCGCCGCCGCCUCACUCGGGCCGUGGAGCAGUACGAGGGCUUCAGCCUGGUCUGAGCAGGAGGAGACAUGCAACAGUUUUAAAUGCACUUUAACAGCAAUACAACCCCCAUGUCAGUGUCAAAACAGUGUAAGGGGGGAACUUCAGGACACAUAAAGGGUCACUCUCUUUAUGUGCUCUCACAAGAUUGUUAACGAAUCUGAAAGGUCUAUCUAUGUAAACGCAGAGUAUUAUUGUUUUUAAGCUUUGGGCAAAGUUUCUCAACCUUUUAGGACCAUUUGGGAGAUAAUUUUAAUGCUUGUGUAUUGAUAUUUAUUUGAAACAUAUCACAGCCCUGAAAUAAAAAAUAUGGAAUCAAAUAAGUCUCAAUAUUACUGAAUGCACACACAAGGAUUCACAAAUGUAUUUUGUGUGUUCUAUACAAAAUUUUCAAUGCACACAAAAAAUAUUACCCAUUAUAUUAAAGUGUAUCAAUGCCUUGGCUUGCAAUGUUGAUGAUAAUUUACUACUUUGUCAGAGAAAACCUGACCAGCCUGUGUUAGUUUGAUAUGUUAGUAAAGCUGGCUAACGCUAGCUAGCCUUCAACUUUAACUGUGUGUUUGUUUCUCAGGUGAUAUUUGUGACUUUCCGUGAGUGCCGCUACCUUCCACUUCCACUAAACUAAAAUAUUAUACACAGUAUGCCAGACUCAUUCAGCUAACCACACAGAUAUCACCUGGCAAACAAACGUAUAGUGUGAGCUAAGUUAGUUAAUGUAAGCCAGCAGACGCUAAUGCAAAUACAUAUCUAUAAAUCACAAAAUACAUUUAUGAAUCCUUCAGUGUGCAUUCAUUAUUACUGAGUCUGACUUUACUCCUUAUAAAAAAUUGCAUACUUAAAUUCAUGUGACCACCUGGAAUCAUACACAUUUUGUGACAUUGAAGCCAUAGGAGGUUGAGAAACUCCAUCUUUGGGUUUUUGUGUAGUUUUCUUUUUGUCUUCUUUUUUUCACAGCUGUGUAUUUUAUAUUCAACUACUUAAAUUCUAUUUUUUACCUUUUAAAUAAUUACGUUAUUACCUUGGGACAAUAUAUCUGCUUUUUGUUACUUUUAAUUUAACAGAGUGGCUAUUUUUCGACAAAUUAUAAAAUGUGUAUAUAUGUUUGUAAAUAGAAUUUUGAAUAUAAUCUUUAACUUUGAAAUACGGAGGAGUGUUUGUCCCACUGAUCUUGUUAAUGGGAGAGUAUUCAGUAAGCAGAAGGGUGCCGAAUGAAACAUGGUGAAUAUUAUUUGCAAUCCCUCGUUUCUUUUGAGCUGUGGAUCACAGAGCAGCUGACUCGGUCUUUAAUCUGCAUUAACAGUGUUGCCUUCUACAGCAAAAUAUACAUGAAAAGCUGACUUUUAAAGUACUUUUUUUUAGUGGUUGUCUGUGUGCAUGUUCUUGAGUGAAAGCAGAAACCUGACUGUCAUUUAGAAAAUUUGACACAAAUGUGCUUAUUAGCUUUCUGGCAGAGAGUUCGAUGAGAACAUUGAUACAAUUUUCCAUAUCUUUCUGUAAUAAGAUGUCAACUAGCAGCGGGUUAGGUUAGCUUAGCACAAAGACUGGAGAUGGGUGAAAGGGCUAGCCUGACUCUCUCCAACUGUAAUAAAACCUGCCCACAUGCACCAUUAAAGCUUACUAACUUACAUCUAUAUCUUACAUUCUUUUAAUAAAGUUUAAUAACCAAAUUUUGCCAUUUUACAUGUAGUUAUUUACUCAAGUAUUUCUUGGCUGUGACCCAAUUAGCUUCUGUGACAUGAUUUAGAAAGAAAUUUCAUGUAGGGUUUUGUUGCCACUGCAAACCUUUAAUAUUAAUUUAAUAGAAUUUAUUGCAUGCAUUUCAAUUUCAUAUUCAGGGCACUAAUUACAGCAUCACAUGGAAACACGUCUAUUAAGUCCCCAUUGGCAACUGAUCAGAGCCAGGAAAUAGUCUGGCACAUUACCCUGCUGUAAAACAAUGAAUUGUUGUUUUAUACACUUUGGUUUAAACAAAUUAGAUAUAACAUGUUAAUUGUUGAGCAUUAGACGUGGUGGAUUUUUUAACCGUUAGACAAAGCCAGAUGAGCCGUUUCCCCAAUUUCCUGUCUUUUUGCAAGACUAGGCUAACUGGCUGCUAGCUGAAGCUUCAUAUUUAGCUAACGUUAAAGCGAGUAAGCGUAUGUCCUGAAAGGUUACUUAAAACUACAUAUAUAAUCAUUAAAAGUUAUAAAUUGUGAUUAGUUUGUUGCAGAUAAUUAAAUUGUGAUAUUUGUGCAGGAAGACAAUAUUUAACAGUGGGCAGAUUAAGGCCUAUUAAAGACUUCAGAUAUAGUCAGUAGAUUAACGGUAACUAUCACUUCACUUGUUCCAGAAAUCGCCCUGAUGCUGUAUUUAUUCCUACAGUCAAACCUUUUAAUCCAAACUGAUGUUUAAUUAGGUUGCAUUGGUGUGAAGUCUGUGGAAUGAUAUUGCAUAUACAUAUAUUUUUUAUAUAUUUCAUACCAUGUUGUCAAACUGACUGCAGACAAUGAAUUACUUUUUGUGUCCUGACUAUCAGGUCACUCUGAAAUCUGUUUAGCAAUAAAGUGAAACAGCCCAGUGAUGUUGCGAUAACGCUGUUAUCUUCCUAAAGGUCUUAAACACUGGACUCUUCUGAGAGGUUUUCCGAGGACACUUCAUAUUCUUGCUUUGCUCUAUACUGCAUGUAAACACAUGUUUAAUCAGUAUGUGUCUAAUUAAAGCUCAUUUAUCCUGCAGAGUUUAGUCCUAUGCAAAGGUUUGUGGGGCCCUUUCAUUUUUUGCACCUUUUAAUGUGCUACAGAAUGUGUUUUUUAUUUUAUUGUUUUGCAUAUUUGUCUGGAAUCUACACAAAGCUCUCGUUUUCAGCAACUUUGUCUACAUUAAACAAAACCGUGCUCGUCCUUGUUUGCAUUAUUGGCCAGAAAUGUGUUUAACAUUAGCUUAGUAGCUCAUUAUGUUUAAUUAUUCUGUUUUCUCUUUUGUGUUAUCUUUUACAGCAGCCUCAUCAAUAAAUCAACCAUUUGAUUGUCAAACUAAAUGUCAACCUCUCCACUGAGAUAAGUUACUGCUUUUCUCUGUUUUAUAUCAUUGUAAACUAAAUACUUUGGGCUCUUGGCCAUUUUUCACUAUUUCCUGUCAUUUUA